AUGCCUUCGCAAGUAGCGACCUGCCUGCGCCUUGCGCGGCAGUUCUCUGCCAACCCUUCUAAGCAUCAACGAUUCCUCGCACGAGCCUUCUCGAGCAGCCUGCGUCGAAGCGAAAUCAACAAAGUGAUCGCCUCUGCCGAAGAAGCGGUCAAGGACAUGAAGUCUAACUCGACCCUACUGGCUGGCGGAUUCGGUCUUUCCGGUGUACCGGAUACCCUCAUCAGCGCUGUGCGCGCCAAUGAAUCGAUCACCGGCUUGACCGUCGUCAGCAACAACGCGGGUGUGGAUGGGGCCGGGCUCGGCCUGCUCCUGCAGUCCAAGCAGAUCAAGAAGAUGGUCGCCAGUUACGUGGGAGAGAACAAGACUUUCGAGCGGAUGUACCUGACAGGCGAAAUCGAGCUGGAGCUGACACCCCAGGGCACACUGGCCGAGCGCUGCCGGGCCGGUGGCGCGGGUAUUCCUGCCUUCUACACCCCUGCUGCCUUCGGCACAGUGGUGCAGACUGGCGAGCUGCCGCUCAAGCACAACGCCGAUGGUACGGUAGCGCUGUACGGCGAGCCGCGGGACGUCAAGGUCUUCGAUAACAAGAGCUAUGUGAUGGAGGAGGCGAUCAAGGGCGACUACGCGUUUGUCAAGGCGUACAAGGCCGACAAGCUGGGUAACUGCCAGUUCCGCUACGCCGCGGCCAACUUCAACGGCGCCAUGGGCCGCAACGCCAAGAUGACCAUCGUUGAGGCGGAGCACAUCGUCGAGCCCGGUGAGAUUGAGCCGGCUGCUAUCCACCUGCCCGGUAUCUAUGUCAAGCGGGUGGUCCAGAGCACGGCGCCCAAGAACAUCGAGAAGUACACCUUCGCUAAGGAGGACGGCGAGGACACUGCUGCUUUGGGAAAGGGUGACACGGCCGCGAAGCGGGAGCGUAUCGUGCGUCGUGCCGCGAAGGAGUUCAAGAACGGCAUGUAUGCGAACCUGGGUAUUGGCAUGCCUAUGCUGGCGCCCAAUUUCGUGGAUCCCUCGGUGGAGGUGAUGCUGCAGUCAGAGAACGGCAUUCUGGGCCUGGGUCCCUACCCCAAGAAGGGUCAGGAGGAUGCGGAUCUGAUCAAUGCUGGCAAGGAGACGGUGACGCUGAUCCCCGGGGCUGCCUGCUUCGGCAGUGACGAGUCGUUCGGUAUGAUCCGGUCCGGACGGAUCGAUCUGACCAUCCUGGGUGCGAUGCAGGUGAGCGCGAGAGGUGAUCUGGCCAACUGGAUGCUCCCCGGGAAGAUCAAGGGCUUCGGUGGUGCGAUGGAUCUGGUCUCCAACCCCUCGGCGACCAAGGUGGUCGUGACGAUGGAGCACACCGACAAGAAGGGCAACCCCAAGAUCGUCAAGCAGUGUGAGUUCCCGCUGACUGGCAAGACCUGCGUUAGCCGGAUCAUCACCGAGCUCUGCGUGUUCGACGUCGACUUUACCGACGGAUUGACUCUCGUUGAGCUUGCGGAUGGUGUUACCGUCGAAGAGGUGCGGAGUAAGACGGAGGCGCCGUUCAAGGUCGCGGAUGAUAUCAAGCCCAUGCUGUGA